AUGUCAGGUGUUUUCCAUGAUGCACAGGAAACGUCUUGCAACGCUCUGGUGAAAACCAUCACCGACUUGCGGGAGCACCUGGAAGAAGCACACAAACUCCAGUUCAAAACCAUAGAGACGGAAUUCGUUGGGGAAAAGGCGUUCAAUCGUUGGAAGGCCCAGGUUGAGCAUAUUGAAUGCGUUUGCUUCGUCAUGAAGAAAUCCAAAGUCACCCCAACUGAGCGCCAGCGAUACUUUUACUGCCAGAGAAGCGCUCUGUGCAGCGUAAACAAUAAGAACGUGAACUGCACGGCUCAGCUCCUGGUCAAGGAGAAUAGUCGCAGUGGCAGCAUAAUUGUGACGGGUUGCUUGACGCAUUACGGUCAUUCGAUGACGACGCGGCAAUUCAUCGAAUCUAUUUCGAAAAGACCGAGGAUAAGAGAAGGUGGGGUUGCCGGCCAGGAGGUGGACAUGUCUGUCAUCAGCGGCCAGCUUCUAGCAAUAUACGAGCUGGCGAUCAUCAAGAAGAAGCAGAAAUCGGUCGAUAAGAUUUGCGCAGCACUUCGUGACCUCUACGACUGCCUCAAAGAUUACGAUGAGGACGAUGAAACCCUACCAGGCCUCGAAGAAACCCAAGCUUGGCGACGGACAGCCGCGCGGGAGGUCGCUGAGCGAGAGCGACAAGCUAUCGCUGAGUCCACGAUAUAGCUCACUACAGCGAAUGUUUUCCGGAUGUGUUCUCUAGAUUUUAAUGGAAUAGGUAACAGUCU